GCUCUAGGGCCUUUUGACUCAGUCAAAAGAAGAUUAAAAACCCUAAACAGUAAAGCCAUGGGAAGUGCAUGUCCUUUCGAUUUCGGUUUUGCACAACCCGACCCUAUAUAGCUUGACUGUAACACCCUCAUGAUUUUCAGCUGCCAAAGAGAACAGUCGGUGUUCAGAGGUGCCAGACGCAGGAGGAGCAGAGCAGAGGCAGCAAGGACAGCUGAGAACUUGUGCCCUCGCUGCAGCACGGAGACAAGAGGCUCUUCUAUGUUGGCAGGUUGCCAUGGCAUCUGGACACAACAUGAUGGCCCCCAUUUGUCUGGUGGAAAACAACAAUGAGCAGCUGUCAGUGAACCAGAAAGCUCUACAGAUUCUUGACAAGAUUUCUCAGCCAGUGGUGGUCGUGGCCAUUGUAGGACUCUAUCGUACAGGCAAAUCCUACUUGAUGAACCGUCUUGCAGGACAGAACCAUGGCUUCUCUCUGGGCUCCACCGUGCAGUCUGAAACCAAGGGCAUCUGGAUGUGGUGUGUGCCUCACCCUUCUAAGCCUAACCACACCCUAGUCCUUCUGGACACCGAGGGCCUGGGUGAUGUGGAAAAGGGCGACCCCAAGAAUGACUCGUGGAUCUUCGCGCUGGCCGUGCUUCUGAGCAGCAGCUUUGUCUACAACAGCAUGAGCACCAUCAACCACCAGGCCCUGGAGCAGCUGCAAUAUGUGACAGAGCUGACAGAACUCAUCAGGGCAAAGUCUUCUCCUUCCCCGGAAGAAGUAGAAGAUUCUUCAGAGUUUGUGAGUUUCUUUCCAGACUUUAUCUGGACUGUACGGGAUUUCACCCUGGAGCUGAAGUUAAACGGUCGCCCCAUCACAGAAGAUGAGUACCUGGAGAAUGCAUUGAAGCUGGUUCCAGGCAGAAAUCCCAAAGUUCAAAUGUCCAAUCUUCCCAGAGAGUGCAUCCGACAUUUCUUCCCAAAACGGAAGUGUUUUGUCUUUGAUCGGCCUACAAAUGACAAAGAACUCCUAGCCAAUAUUGAGAAUGUGACAGAAACACAGCUGGAUCCUAAAUUCCAAGAACAGAUAAAGAAUUUCUGUUCUUAUGUCUUUAGCCAGGCGAGAACCAAGACCCUGAGAGAGGGAAUCAUGGUCACUGGGAAACGGCUGGGGACUCUGGUGGUGACCUAUGUGGAUGCCAUCAAUAGUGGAGCAGUACCUUGUUUGGAAAAUGCAGUGACAACUCUGGCCCAGCUUGAGAACUCAGCGGCUGUGCAGAAGGCAGCCGACCACUACAGUGAGCAGAUGGCCCAGCGAGUCAGGUUCCCCACAGACACGCUCCAGGAGCUGCUGGACCUGCACGCAGCCUGUGAGAGGGAAGCCACUGAAAUCUUCAUGGAGAACUCCUUCAAGGAUGAAAACCAGGAGUUCCAGAAGAAGCUUGUGGAAAUCCUAAAAAAUAAGAAAGAGAAUUUCUUGCUGCAGAAUGAAGAGGCAUCUGCUAAAUACUGCCAGGCUAAACUUGAUCAACUUUCAACGGCCCUAGAGCAAAGUAUUUCAGCAGGAAUAUUCUCUGUUUCUGGCGGUCACAAGCUUUACAUGGAAACAAAGGAAAGGAUUGAACGGGACUAUUGGCAAGUGCCCAGGAAAGGAGUGAAGGCGAAUGAGGUAUUUCACAGGUUCCUGCAGUCACAGGCAGCCAUAGAGAAAUCCAUCCUGCAGUCAGACAAAGUGCUCACUGAUGGGGAGAAGGCCAUAGCAGAGGAGCGAGCCAGGAAGCAGGCAGCUGAGAAGGAACAGGAGCUGCUGCGGCAGCAACUUCAGGAGCAGCAGCUGCGGAUGGAGGCACAAGAGAGGAGUCUCCAGGAAAACAUCAUCCAACUGAAGGAGAAGCUGGAGAGGGAAAGAGAAAACGCAAUAAGAGAGCGGAAUAUGAUGCUGGACCAUAAACUGAAGGUCCAAGAAGAGCUGCUUAAAGAUGGAUUUAAAAAGAAAUCUGAAGAGAUGAAUGCAGAGAUAAAUCAUUUGAAAAAUAUUAUUGAUAGUACUAGAAAUGAUGAUACUCCUUGGUUAGCAAAAACCUUAGACAAAAUUGGCAAUGAGCUCACUUCAAUAUUGUGUGCUCCUGCUAAACUUGUUGAUACUGUUGUGAGAGGUGUGAGCUCACUAUUCAAAAAGAAAUAGCUCUCCUUUUAAAGAAAUUAUAGCAUGUGGAUAUAUGCAUUGGCCUGUUUUGGAUGUGUAUCUUUUUUUUAUUUCAUUCAGCCAAGUUUUAAAUAUAAAAAAUGCCUACUAGAGGAUAUCAAUGCCUGGUCCACAUUAGAUAGAAUAAAUAUACAUACACAAUGAUAUAGCACAUUCACUUUUAGGAAAUAUACAUUUUUAAAAUAAUAUAUAUACAAAAAAAUGCAUUGAGACAUUGCUCUAAAUGACAAAAGAUUGGAAACUACUUAAAUAUUCAUUUAUAUAAACUGGUAAUAUAAAUUUAGCAUGUACAUAUACUGGAAUACUAUGUAGCCAGUAAAUAAAUUGAGAGUGCAACUCCAUUUUUAGAAAUAUAGGAAAUCUUGAAAAUACAUUGCAAAGUGAAAAAAUGAGGUACACAAGCUGUGUAUAAUGUGUUCACUGUAAAAAAUGUAAUUAUAGUGUGCAAUCAUAUAUAUGUACACAUAAAAUAUCUCUGGAAAACCCCAUUAGAAGCUAGACACAUUGGUACCUUUGCGGGAGAAGGGGGUGGGCUCCAGGUGAAUGAGUCACAUGCUUUUCAUUAUAUACUCAUUGUUUUGAAUCCUGUAAAGAAAGGUUGUAUUACCACUUUAUAAAGAAAAUGUAAACUGUAAUACUGGCUAUGAUAAUAAAAGAAUGCAAA